UUACCUUUAUCACGUGUUAAUAUAAUUUUAAAUAAUCAUUUGCAGCAAAUAUGUCCUUCAACAUCCGCUGAUAUCCUUAGACGAGGUGAGUUUCUGCACAUUUUCUCGCACUGUGUCCACGCUUGAGGCAAUCUUCGAAGGCUGCCAGGACACUUUCGAACUCCCCCACCUCCUUGGAUAAUGGCAUUAGGCGGGAUUUUGUGUCCUGGCUCGCAGAAAAUCCGUCCAACUCAUCGCUGUUCUCACGUUCUUUGAGCCCCGACUAAGUCUCCAAACGACACAAAUUCGUCGAUAUCGCUAUCGCAACAGCAAACCAUAUCGCUGAGCAACUGAUAAAUGGCAGGUGAUAAGAUAGGUAAUGAUGAAGAGGCACCCAAAACACUCAAGUUAACAGGUGAUUGAACACAAAAUCAGGUAUACAUUGUCGGUGGCGCGUGAAAAAGUGAGCAAUGAGCAGUGAUAAGCAUGAGGAGGAGAUCUACAGACUGAAUGUGAAAAUCAAGCAAUUGUUCGCCACAGUUGAGAAAGCCAGCAGGCAGAAUAGUGAGUUGCUGAACGAAAAUAGGCUGCUCAACGCGGAGUGUGUGAAUCUGAGGCGGGAGAAUAUGGAAAAUUCCACGAUUAAUCUUCAGCUGCGACUGGACUUGGACGCCGUGACGAGUCAGCGAGAUGAUCUGUACGAGGCGAAUCAGAAGCUCAAGCUCAACGUGAAUCGCUUGUCUGAGCGAUCGCGAGAUCAGGCGGAGAAGAUUGCGAAGAUGGAGCACAUGAUUAAGAGUCAGACCAGCACAAUCAGGGCUCAGUCGCACGAGUUGCGGGCGCUCAAGUCGCGGCCUGAAGUUAUCCGCGGUCUGGCGGACGUUCCAGGCGGUCUCGCGCGUCAUUCCACGGCGGCGGACCUUGAGCACGUGCGUGAGGAGAUGCACAGCCUGGAGGAGAAGCUCGACGAGGCGUACGAUGUAAUUGAGGGGUUGGAAUUCGAAUUGGAGAGUUUAGACUUCCUCGAAGCAGAGCACGAGCGAAUGGAGGAUGAAAUUGAGGCACUGAAGCGGGAGAUUCGACAGAUGAAGGACCAACAGGGAGCCGAUGACAUUGAUGGCGCCCCCAAGGCACAUCAGGAUGCGGAGAAGAAGCACCGCCGCGAAGUUCUGCACAAGAAGCUUGAGUGUCUUCAUCAAAAGCAGCACAAAAGGGACGAAUAAGAGCUCAGAGCGAGUGUGUGUAUUUUGUCUAUUUGUGAUGCCUUAUCCCAAAGAGAAAAUCAACCACAUACACUUCGACAAUACAAAUGAUUAAUUACAACUCAUUGUGGGUCUUCGCAUUUCCCGCCCAACCCCCCUCGAAGCUAAUGCCCUAAAGUUACAAAAUUAUAGAAUGAGCUUUAUCA